AUAAGGACUAGUGGCAGGGAGGAGAACUCUGGGAAGCCAGGGGAGUCUGGGAACGCAGAGAAAGGGCUGCAGACCUAGAGGGAAGGAGGACAAGACGCCAGAAGGAGGAGAGGGAAGGGGGCACACAGGCACAGAGGAAGAGAAAGGGAAGAAGAAGUUAACGGGUGGGAGGGAGAGACUCGGGAGAGAGAGAAGGAGCAAGGCAGAGAUGAAGUUACAGGGCUGCCUGGCCUGCCUUUUGCUGGCCCUGUGCCUGAGCAGUGGAGAAGCUGUCCCACUGCUGAACAGAGAGGGGAAUGCUGCAGCAAGUGCCGGGGAGGCCAUUGGGCAUGGGGUGGGGGAAGUCGUUGGAAAGGGGGUUAGGGAUGUCAUUAGUCAAGGAGCUGGAGAGUUAGCGGACCAAGGGGCUGAAGAGGCAGCCAGCUCUGGAAUGAGGGAAGCCAUGGGCACUCUCCUGGGGGAGGCUGCCCACCUUGGGGUUGAAGAGGCUUUCCACAAAGGGAUGGAGGGAGCAGUCCAUGCUCUUGGAAAUGUUGGGGGUGAGGCUGGCAGAGAGGCUGAGAAUCUCGUUCGACACGGAGCAGACGUUUCCCACGGCUCCUGGCAGGGGAUGCUGGGUACCAACAGUGCUUGGGGAACCCAUGACCAACCUCCAUCUGGAGGCCCCCGAGGCUACAGCCAGGGCAAUCCAGGAGGCCCAGGGACUCCCUUGGGCCCUGGACCCUCUGGAGGCUCGGACAGCAGAUUUGGAACCCCCUCUCAGGGAAGCUCUGGGGGCCACAGAGGCAAUGGAGGGCCAGCCAACUUGGGGACUGACGCUCAGAAAGCUGUGGCCCGCCGCGGCCAAGGGUCAACAAGAAGCAGCAGCAGCCUGAACACGGAGUGUAUCAACUCCCCACCCGCUGGCUCAGAUGGAAGUUCUGGCAGCUCUGGGGAAAGCGGUGGCCAGUCUACUCCUGCCCCUCAGGAAAGUGGUGGCCGUGCUGGAAACAGUGGUAGCAGCUCUGAGCCCGGCUGGGACCAGCCCCAGAAUUCUGGAAAUUUUGAUCAAAGCAGCUAUGCAGAGCCCCAGGUAUACAAUUCCGGCUACUCCUCAGAAAGCAGCCGCAGCCGUGGGGGAAAUAAACCUGGGUGUGACAACACAGGGAAUGAAGUCCGCGUGUCUGGAGGAUCUGGGGGUCAGCAGUGGUCCGUUGGAGGAGAGGAAGCUGUCCGUGGAAUCACUACCGUGAACACUCAGAUGGCUCCUGGACUCUUCAACUUUGACAGUUUCUGGAAGAAUUUUAAAUCCAAGCUGAGUUUCAUUAACUGGGAGGCCAUAAACAAGGGCCAAGUCUCACCCCCCAGCACUCGAGCCCUCCUCUACUUCAGCCGACUCUGGGAGGAUUUCAAACACAACACUCCCUUCUUUAACUGGAAAGUAAUUACUGAGGGUGCCAAUGUGCCACCACUCCAGAAGAGGGCAGGUGGCGCUGGUCAGGGGGAAGCCACGGUUUCUUCCUAGGAGGAGCAGACAUGAGGGGAGCUGCAGGUGAAAUAGGAGGACACCGUGGGAGCAUGGCAGCUGGGUGGAAGGACGUCUCGUCUCAACAGAUCUUGCUGAAGCCACGUUCUACCAUUUUCUCUUAUUUUCUUCUAGAAAAUUACUUCUAAUCAUGACUUGAGGCCCUGAAAAUGUCAGUCGUCAAGGGGCUGGGCUGCUCUCCUCGCCCAGCUCUCCCCCUGUGCCGGGCCUAGUGUGGGGACUAGUGCUUGCUUUUUCUAGGUUGGGGACCUGGGCUGUCUGUCCCUUGUUUCUUCCCACCCCACUGUGGUGUUUUCUUGACCAUCAGCCUGACGGAUAAACCAGCCAAGUUCUUCACCUAGACCAUCUUGUCACCUGAAGUCACAGACAAUUCUUCAGGAGGAAUUACUACUCUGUGGAAAUAAAACAUGAAUCUUGUUGCCCUAAGA